UGAUCGUCGUCGUCGUCGUGUGGUUUGGUCGUCUGGGGGUGGAUGAUGUCUGCCUAUUAGAAUGCCUACCCAUCUAGCAAUGUAACCUGAAAAGAGCAGUGGUGUUAUCUACACCCACAACUAGUUUCGAUGUCAGUCGGACAUGGAAGUAACUGAGCUUUUUGUCGCGUUAGAAUCCAACCAGCCUCAAAUUUUUGAAGAUUGUAAAAAGAAAUUUCAUGAGCUGUUUAAUUCUUCUGGUGACACAUGGUUGGUCAGUGGCUUAUUCGAUUAUGCUAUGCAAACAGGAUCUUUGAGAACAGUUGAAAUUUUGGUGGGAAUUCGAGAGCCACAUGAUAUAUAUCUUUUUAACAAAUUCUGUGAGAGCCUACGCAACAACAAUAAAAUAAACAGCCUGACGUUGCUGGGACAUAUCGUCCGAAGGCAACCGACAUGGCUGUACAAGAUUGCCAAGCACUCGCUGUUCAGGGACCUACUUAGGCUACUAAAGACAGAGACAGAGUUAAUACCACUGAUGAGUGCAUUGCUGGUGAUAAACAUUCUUCUGCCGAUGGUGGCCGGUCUCAUGGAUACUUACCUGCAGGAGAUCUUCCAAGUAUUUAGUCACCUUGCUGUUUGGGACACGACCAACCCGACCAAGCUACCAGAACCUCAUCUGCUGCACCUACAGAUGGCGUUGUAUGCUCUGUUUCUGCGGCUAUAUGGCAUGUACCCAUGUAGCUUCAUCAACUACUUGAAGCAGGAGUACAGUCAUCCACAUAAGAGUGCUAUUUACAACCACACCAUCAAGCCUAUGCUGGACAAUGUAAAAUUGCAUCCUUCACUAGUAAUGCCAUACAAAGAACCUGAAACCACUCCUGCAAGGUGGCGUAAGUUGGAGCCCCACGACGUGAUAGUUGAGUGUGCCAAGUAUGCCAUUGGAGGAGAGAUAGAGCGGCCGAGAGAUGAUGGUGGUUCUAGGAUUAGCCUUGACUUCUCACAAACUCUCGAACACAAGUAUGCUGGUCGUAGUGGUAGUGGACUUACAGAGAAAGAUCCAUGGAGUCCGACGUCAUUCUGCGGAAUGUCUACUCCGCCUGAGUCUGCUCCCACCUCUAUACCUCACACUCCGAUAGCACAGACACACAUAGUCAGUACAUCAUUCCCACAACAGGAAGGAACGUCACCUCCCGAGGCAGCUGUAGAGGCAACCCCUGAAACAACACCAAUCAAGGAUAUACGCAGCGUAGUACGAGCACCUCCCUCCAACUCAAAUGUUCCCCGAGCCCUCAACACCAUCACCAGUAGUCCUAGUCAUUCUCAGCCGUCGUCUCCGAUGAAGAAGGAGUUGUCUCCGUUCCGCUUCCCGUCCAACUCGGAGACGUCCGCCUUCCACCAGCCACACGACCUUCGCCGCGAUUCACUUCUCUCGCAGAAGAUGCAGAGGAUAGUUAGCGACAGAAAUCAGCUGUCAGGCGAUGGUGUAGAAAGUAAGAUGAAGCCCAGGGGACUGCUUCAGCCAACAAGUCCGCUGAGAGUGAUCAAUUCCGCAAGUGAUAGAUUCGGCAAUGAGAGUCCUGGCGAUUUUGCGGCAGAUCAGGAGGAUAAAGAGGUGGAAAUCAUGAUGACGACAGACAAUAACUCCUCCAACAACACCACACGGCUCUGUGACAGUGCAGUGCAAGACAUCACCUCCACGGACCAUGAAGAGCUGGAGGAAUGUCACCUUGAGGCCUGUACUGCUGGCAAAGGCCUCUGCAUGCCCAACUCUAACUCAAUGAGAGACUUUGCCAGACAAGUCAAGAGCAGACUCAGGUUCUACAGCCAGUGCCAUCCAGACGCUUCUUGCCCAGGGCUGAGUACAGGCAGCAGUCCCAGUGAAGGCUACUGUAUCCCAGUCAACACCAAAGUACGACGAACCAACUCAUGUCCAGAGAUGAAGAAGACAUCGUCCAGUCUGGAGAGACACCCGGUGGAGAAAGUGGAGGAGGAGCCAUCCCCUCUCAACGGACAUGCAGCGGAGUUUGCUGAAGUGUCUAGUGAAGAUAGGAAGACUGCCUGUGCUGGUACACAGACAGACAACCCUCUCCCAUAUGAACACUUGUUCUUGGCUGUGUUCCCGACAGUGGACCAGAAUCAUCAUAUCAACAAUCAACAAUACGUUGACGAUGGGUCAACGGGUCACGAAACAGGCCAUUCGUCUCCUUUAACGCUGAAGCGAUUCUCUCCCAACGAAGUUGACCUUUUCAUGAACACUAACACUAGUAUAGUUUGUGAUAUGAAGAAGAACAAGUUAAAUGUUGAUUUUGAGCUAAGGUGUUGCAAGGAGCAAUUGUCAUUAAUGAUUCUUCAACUGCAUUUUGAGAAACACCGAAGAGAAAUGCACGCUGAGAGAAACCGAAGACUCCUGGGCAAAUGUAGAAAAGUUAGAUCUCAAGAAGAGCUGACUUCAGCUCUGAAGGACCAGCUUUCUCUGCUGCAGAAUGACAAUGAAGCUUUACACAGCAAUCUUCACAAGCGCAUGGAUGAAGCCAAGGCCUACGCACAGCAACUCCAAGAAACUGUUACCUACUACCAGAACCAGAACACUCAGCUGCAAGCGGAGUUCCUCAAAGAGAAGGCACUGAGGGAGUCGACAGAGGAGUUGUUGAGAAGAGAGAAGGAUAAAACAGUAGCUGUAGUCAAGGAGCUGAAUGAAACAAAGGCGACGCUGUUCAACACGACGACGGAGCUGCAGCAUGUUGCCAACGUGGCAGGGGAGGGGAAGGACUUGCGGGAGACCGUAGCCAGUCUGCAGAGAGAGCUGGUGGUGGGGGGAGAGAUGCAGGAGAGGUACAGACAGAGAGUCAACAGUCUGAUGAGACAUCUCUCCCAGUCCUCAGAAGUAUCUCUGCUGCAGGAGAGCUUCACACAGCAGAUCAGUGCUUUGAACCAAGCCCUGGAGGCGCAAACUGCCUCCCUGGAAGCUGCCAAGACCAGGGUGGGGGAGCUGGACUCUUUGCUUGGGAAGAAAGAUGCAACCAUCGCAGAAAGCAAACGGCUGCUGCAAGAGGCUAAAGACGAGUACCACGAACAACUUGAGGCAGUGGAGAGCAAGUAUAAGAGUUUGAGAGCGAUUAACAGCCGACUAGAGUGUGAGAUGAUGGAGCUAAGACAUCAGCUGACCAGCUGUAGUGUGCAGCCUCCUCCCACCAUGCCUCCCGCUCUGCCCCCCGCCACCUCGUCUGGCGCCUUCCACAACCUGCAGGCGGGGGCCGAUAUACCAGACACCUCCCCUCCUCACUCCCCUGGCGACCAGAAUGGAUGAGAAGGGGUUCAUGCCAUCAUACCAGAGUUGCUUCGGCAGGGAAAACCUUGCACUGCUCAUCACAACGCUGCUACGACAUCUAGCUUGAAAUCUGCAACCGAAUUGUAUCAAUGUAUCUCAGUGGCCUACGUCAAAUGCAGUGUUUAAAAGUUAUUUGUUAACGUACAUUUUUAAAACACAUUAUAAAGACUGUGUACAGGUAGUAGAUUGAUAAGAUAUUGUUUAUUUUUUAAAGCGGUGGUUCCAUUUCGAUUCAUUCGUUAUAGUAUACAAAUAAAAGUAAUUAUACCAGUUA